CUCAACGUAAACAGAUCAACAAGCAAAACUAUAAAGUCAAAGUUAGCAGAAAGCUAAAGCAAAUUUAUACAGCGCAGAAAAGUAAAUGAAAUUGUGUGUUUAAAAAAAAUUACUUUCUUGCUGAAACAAAUCUUUUGAAUUGCAAAAUUAUAAAAAACUUUGUUAAAUUGAGUGCAAAAACAGCAUUUGUUAUAAAAAAUAAUAAAAUAUUUUUUACAAAAUCCACAAGCAAUUAUAUUCAACAACAAAAAAUGUGCUCACUAAAAGUGUGUUUAAUCUUCGUCGCGGCAGUUAUUGCUGUCAGCUGCAUAAGCAGUACAAAUGCUGCCGUAUUCACACAACCCGCUGCCUUCCAUCCUGCGCAUCGUGGCAAGUGCUUCGACAAGAUCACCCGUCGUGCUAUGCUGCCGAACAAGGAGUACAAGCCGAAAGGCAUUUGCGCCGUCAUGACAUGCGACAUACACAGACAGACGAUCAAUAUUGAGACCUGCCCGUACGUGGAGAUGCCCGGCUGUGAAGAGUUACCCAGCGAUCCCAAUUGGGCGUUCCCCAAGUGCUGUGCGCAAUUCAAGUGCACGGACUUCAAGACCGGCAAGGAGUUCAUUGUGUCGGCGUAGAGGCCAUUAAGCUGCGCUGAGCGGAACAAUAAAUAAAUGAAAAUAAUAAUGAUAAGAAUACUCAAGUGCCGCAUGCCACGCGUUGAAGGCCGCGAAGGAAGUGUUGGGUGCAGUAUGGCAGUACGAACGGCGGACGUGAGACGGGAGGCGUGUGUGUGCGCGUGUGGCGCGAAAACGUGAUUUUAUGCUUUUACUUACCAUUACUACCUUUAACUACUAUUAUAACUACAAAAUACUAUUUUUAAUUGUGUGAAUCGUCUACGAAGUGUGAUAAAGCUCUAGCUUUAAUUAUGUUAUUCUAUAUUUUUUGUUAUUACUCAACUGUCUCACUCAUUAAAAACUUCAUUAGUAUGUAAGAUUAUUUA